CAUAUAAUCAGAUAACAAUAUUUUGCAUUAUUUUUAGAUAAUUAUUUAUUUCAGAGAAGAUGUUUUUGUUUCUUUAAAUGUUGUUUGUUAUUCUCGGUAACAUUAACCCUCGAAAUAUUGAUUGUAAUAGGAAUGAAAUCGUGAUGUCUUAGAUAGCUUGCAUGAUAUUUUCCAGUUAUGGCCUUUCAAACUGCCAGUUUCUCUUACUACAUAAAUAAAGUACUCUUCAGUGAAACUAAAUGAUAUUCCCUGGCAAUCAGAAAUUACUAUCACAGUACAUGAUUCUUUUUCUUUCAGCUUACUUAUACACAGAUACAUAUACCCACACAGACAAACAGCACAGCACCCAAAUAAAUUCAUAAUUGAGCCCCAUCCCAGAAAAAAUAGAUAUAGAAUGAAGAGUCUACAAGAAGUUGCAGAAAAACACCAAAAUGUCCACAUCGUGAAACUGGAUGUUAGUGAUGAAGCUUCAUACAAAACAUUUUUUGAAGAUGUAGAAAAAAUUGUGAGCCCCACAGGUCUCAGUCUCCUCAUCAACAAUGCCGGGAUUGCCCCAAAAUCGACUCGUAUUAAUAUGGUUAAAUGGAAACAGAUGAUGGAUACUUUUAGUGUCAAUACAGUUGCUCCACUUAUGUUGACAAAGACUCUCAGGACUCUGUUGACUAUGGCAGCAUCACAGACACAAGGAAAUACCCUGUCUGUAAGGAGAGCUGCUGUUAUCAAUAUGUCCUCUAUUCUAGGCUCCAUUGCAGAGAAUGAUCAAGGUGGUUUAUAUCCCUACAGGGCAAGCAAGGCAGCAUUAAAUGCUAUCACCAAAUCUUUGAGUAUUGACCUACGAGGUUCCAACAUUUUGGUAACAAGCAUACAUCCUGGUUGGGUAAAGACUGACAUGGGAGGCAAGAAUGCACCUCUGACUAUAGAAGAAAGUAUAUCAGCAAUAAUCAAUACACUUCAUAUUUUGAAUGAGGAACAUAAUGGGGAGUUUGUGCAGUAUGAUGGCAAAAAAUUACCAUGGUAAAUAAGGUUUUUACUUACAUCAGUUUAUACUAAGCCAGAAAUAUCCAUGUUACCUGUGGUUUGAUUAAUCUUUUCUGCAUAUAGAUGGUUCCUCGAGCCUGUCACUGGAGUUAAGUAUUAUGCCUGACCUCACUCCAUGAUUUUUUUUUAACUGGUAACAAUAAAUAAGGAAUGAGGUAAACAAGUGAGGUCAGGUUGGCCAAGGAAAUGACUGCUUAAUGCUAAGCACUUUUAGAGCAAAUUGUAUGUAAAAAAGAAAUCAGUAGAAUGAAAAUAUAAUGGACACCAUGUUCUCAGAAUCUAGAUUAAAAACUGGGUAUACUGGUAUGAUCUUUAGAAAAAAAUACUUAUAUGCAAUGUAAAAUGACAGUGCACAUUUACUGUUAUUUGAGCUCUUAUUUCAUAUAAAAUGCAAGGUAUCCUGAUGUAAAUGUUAUUCUUUGUUAUGGAAGUUUGUAUAUUUUACUUUAUUAGUGUAAAUGUUUUUAAAGAAAAUCUAUGAAGACAAACAUUUCAUGUGCAAUGUCCCUUUUCAGUUUGAAGUAUUUUUUUUUUUCUUUUUUUUACAUACCACCAAAUGGUAAAACUUUAGCAUGUGCUCUCUUCUGUAUCAAUAUAUGGCAGAUAAAUGCCACAUUUUCAAGCUGGUGGGAAUCUGUCAUGUAACGAAAGUUUAAAUCUCUUAUUCAGAAUCUGCCAGUGCUCCCCCAGUCUUUCUAAGCAGGACCAAAAUUCUGUAAUCAGUUCAUUACUUCAACAUAGAACUGGGGUUCCCAAACAAAGUGAUAUGAAACAAUAUGAAAGCGGACUUCAAAUUAAACAGGAUUUUGUCUCACAGUACCUACAGAUAAUUUUCUAUAACCUAUCAAUAAAUUGCAAUUUUUCCAUAGUGUUCUUGUCUUAUAGUUUAAGGCAGCACUGCACUAUUUGUAACUAGUAAAACCUAAAUCUGAGAUGACAGACAGUAACACUGAAAAUUAUUAUACAUUGAGCAAGGGCCACACAGUAGAAAAAGUUGGGAACUACUGAUUUAGAACUGCACAAUCAAGUAUUUAUGUGUUGGAGGAGGCAGCUUCCCAUACAUUUGAUGGCUUUAUCACACUGAUAUGCUCAUCACCAAGAGGUCCAUAUUUAUAAAAUUAUCUCAAUGAAAACAUUGUGUACUUUGAUCUAUACUUUACUAUUACAUGGUAACUUUCUUUGGUCCUGACUGGCAAAAAUAUUUAUUUUCAGGAAUCUGUGCUUUAUAUGAAUUAGUGACCUUGGGUAAUAAUCAUCUUUAAAAUUAAUUAGAACAUUUCAGUCACAGGUCAUGAGGGUACUGUGCAAUGUAGAGGAACUACUACAUCUGUGGGUAGGCCACAUUUGAAAUAGGUGAAAACAUAGCUAUAUGCAGAUUUGUACAUAUAAAGUAUUUUGUAUUUCAAGGUAAUAAUAAUAAAUACAUUUUUGUGCUUAAA